GCCAAGUGUGGGUGUGUUGGGGCUGGGCAGGGCUCAGACCCUCGUGUGUCCCCACAGUGCCCAGCUGGGAGCACCUUGGGCGGCAUCAGCAAGGCCCAGUGGGGAGGGUGUCAUGGAAAAGGGCAAAGUCCCCCGUGUGACACAAACGUGGGAAUGGUUACAGGAGCUUCACUUUCAGAGGUGUUGCUGUAGAGACUUGACAAACACCUGAGCCCCUUGGAGCAAGUCAGCCCCACCCCUCACCUCAGCCAGGUCCAGGUGCUCCUGGGGCAGCGCCAGCUUCCCCGCUUCCACCUGAAACAAAUUAAGUCCAUGUUUUAAAAUACUCUGUUAGAAACCCAGUGCAGUGCAGUGAGCAAGGCGGACUGGGGAUCCAGGGUUCCUACUGAGGAGGGUUCCUUUGAGCAGGCAGCAGCACUGCCUGGAUGGGGAAGGAAGCAUGGCCGGGGGCACUUCGUCUCAAAACAUACAAAUACAAAUUACAAAUAGCUUGUAAGAGGUUAAUUAAAGAUCAUCAAGCAUUUAAUCAGCUGUUACGGCCCAACUGUUUUAUAGCUCUUGGGUUUACAUGCCCCGUGGCUUGCGAGUGUGGAUUGCUGGGCUCCGCUCAUCCCUGUCGGAGCGGGGCUUGGUCUUACCUGGGUUAACGCUGCCGGGCUGGCAGUGAGGACAGGUUUUGGCAGGGCAGAGGGGCCGGUGGGAAGCGGCUGGAGCAGCGUGGAGCCGGCUGUGUGCCCGCAGCAGAGCCGUGUGGAAUGGCCCCUUAUUGGAGGCACCUGGAAGUCUGUGGGGCCACUCACAGGCCAGGAACCUGGUGGGAUGGUGGCACGGCCAGGCUGCAGCUCCCUGGGCUUCCAGGCAAAAAGGAGAACAUAAAGGGGCCCAGCCACUGGAAGGAGCUGAAAGCCACAUGCGGUGGCGACAAGCAGUCCCCUGUGAACAUCGACAGGCGCCGGCUGCAGCGGGACCGUGGCCUCGGGGACAUCCUCUUCGAGGGUUAUGACCAGGCUCCCCCCGGCAAGUGGAGGCUGACAAACAACGGGCACACAGUGAUGCUGAGCCUGGCGGGUGAGUCGGCCUCUGAGCACAUCAGCAUCAGCGGCGGGGGCCUCCCCGGCAGGUACCGUGCGAUCCAGCUCCACUUCCACUGGGGCAGCCUGGCCGGGAAUGGUUCCGAGCACACCCUGGACGGGCGCCAGCUCCCCAUGGAGAUGCACAUCGUCCACAUGAAUGCCAAGUAUCAGACACUGGCAGAGGCCAAGGGGAAUCCCAAUGGGCUGGCUGUCCUCGGCUUCUUCUUCCAGGUCUCUGAAACCACUAACACCAACUACAAUACCAUCGUGGCAGGGCUGAGGAAUGUCUCCCACGCCGGGGACUCUGUGGAUUUGGCCUCCACCUUCCGCCUGAGCACGCUGCUGCCACGCGCCGCCCGGCUCUCCGGCUACUACCGCUACCGGGGCUCCCUCACCACCCCCGACUGCAGCGAGGCCGUGGUCUGGACUGUCUUCGAGGAGCCGGUGGAGAUUGGCCGGGAGCAGCUGAAGGCGUUCGUCAGCACCCUCCACUUCCCACUCGAGGGAUCCACGCUCCUAAAAAUGAUCAACAACUUCCGCCCGCCGCAGCCCCUCCGCAGCCGGAGGAUCUUUGCCUCCCGGGGGGCCACAGCCGGCAGUGGGUCCCUGCACGGGGGCCAGCACCAGCUCCUCUCACCCCUGCUCCUCCUGGCCCUGCUCAACCUCUUCCUGCCAGCCCCCUAGGGUCCGGCCCUGCUGCAGGGGAGAUGGAGGUGAUGCAUUUGCUCGUGGGAAACAGUGAAAACAAAGCACGUUGAGACCUUGGCUGGGCAAAGAUUUUGUGAACUUGCAUCUCUGCAGAGGUGAAUCUCUGCAAACCUGGAGCUGCCCUGGAAUGUUUCUGUAGAUGGGCAGUGGGAGCUGCUGGCAGGGGCAUGCUGUAUUGACUGGAAUAAAGCCAAGGCCCUCGUCA